AUGGGAGAAGAAGUUAAGAAAUUAACACCUACUGGUCGUAUUCAGCGUCCUGCCUAUAAUAUAGUAGCUGAGUGGAUAAAAAGAUGUUGUGGCAUUUCUACUUCUCAAGACGGUUUUGAAGAAGAUGUCAUGUUCAAUUACAAGUGGGUAAAUGACCCAGAAGCUCGAAAUAAAAGAAGUAAUUUUGUGUAUGCUAAUGUGGAUAAUUUUGAUGAUAAUGAAAGUAUUGUUGAUUUAACUCAAAACGAUGAUGCAAAUAUGAAUAAUGAUGACGGUGGUGACAAUUUAUAUGAAGGCGAAGAUAGCAGAAACAGGAACAGUUCAAAUAAAGCUGAGAAUGAAGAUAAUUGGAAUAAAGAUAAGAAAAAUAGUUGGAAUAAUGAUGUUGAAAAUGGUUGGAAUGAAAAUGAUGAGAAUGAAGGUCGAAAUGGAGAUUGGAAUGAAGAUAGAAGUGAAUAUCCAAAUGAAGAUUGGAACGAAGGUUGA